ACCAGUGUUUUAAUAUUUCAAACGAUUACCAAUUUUGUAACAAUUAUUAAGAGGAAUGCGAACUACCGAUUUGUUGACUUAAUAAAACAAAAUGUUUAUUUAUAUGAGUAAAAAGAUUGCUAUUCCAAAACAAUCGAACGUAACAUGUUUAUCUUGGAAUCACUCUUCCGGAUACAUUGCUGUGGGUGGCGAGGAUGGAAUGCUAAAAGUACUGAAACUAGAAUCAGGAGGUGGUGGUAAUUUAUCAAUGAAUUUAAGUUUAGAAGGGCACACAGGACGAGUUUGUGUUGCUGUUUGGAAUGAAAUCUUUCAAAAACUUACUACAAGUGAUGAACAUGGUGUUAUUAUUGUUUGGAUGUUGUAUAAGGGUUCUUGGUAUGAAGAAAUGAUAAACAACAGAAAUAAGUCUACUGUAAGUGGAAUGGCUUGGGGAUCUGAUGGACAAAAAAUAUGUAUAGCCUAUGAAGAUGGAGCUGUCAUUGUAGGCUCAGUGGAUGGUUCUAGGGUUUGGGGUAAAGACAUCAAGGGUCCUGGUUUGAAGUGUGUACAGUGGUCACCUGAUAACUCUACAUUACUAUUUGCAUUAUCAAAUGGUGAAUUGCAUCUUUAUGAUGAUCAGGGAAAUUUUAUUAUGCCCAUAGCCAUUAAUAAUGUAUCUAGUGGAAUGGAAAUAGUGUCCAUGGAUUGGUUUUCUGGAAAGGCUCCGAUCUCUCGACCUGUCCUAGCAAUAUGCUUUAAAAGCGGUCUGAUGCUAUUGAUGAAGACAUGUACGGAAGAAGAAAGUGUGAUGGUCGAAACUAAUAUGAAAAUAAUGCAAUGUUGCUGGAAUCACAAUGGUACUGUGCUAGCGGUAGCUGGCCUAACGCAGGAACAGGCGAACGUUGUUCAGUUCUUCAAUGGGUAUGGUGAACACGUAAGAACUUUAAGAGUUCCCGGAGGCUCUAUGCGUUCCCUGUCGUGGGAACAGCAUUCCCUUAGACUGGCGAUAGCUGUCGACUCAUUUAUAUAUUUCGCCAAUGUCAAACCCGAUCACAAAUACGCUUUCUAUGGAAGCACUCUAGCUUUUGUAUCGGGGACUGAUACUGUUACAUUCUGGGACACUAUUACUCAUCAGUCAUGGAUCAAUCAUAUCCCCAACGUGACAGACAUGUGCGGUGUACAAGAGUAUUGUAUUAUAUCAACAAUCGACUCGUUAAUAAUAUUAAACCAACAAGGCAUUCAAUGCGAUGCGAAAACAGUCGCAAUUCCAAUGUCAUAUGUAUCAAUAAAUAGCAAAGCUAUCGCAGUUGCGUCAUCCAAGGAUACAUUUCUUAUUUGGAAAUUUUCCACGCCGAUGAGACCUCGAAUAACAGAACAAUUGUACCACGCAGAUGGCUCUUUAGUGGUACAAGGCGAAUCAGGUUUCCAUGACGAUACAAUAUGUUGUGUCACGUGCUCUGAUACACAUUUGCUUGUCGGACGAGAUUCGGGGACCGUGUUACUCUUCUCUCUUGUUAACUUUAAGAAAAUCACACAAAUUAAUAUGAACACUAAGCCGUAUAAGUUGGGGUUGAAUUGCAAUUCUAGUAAAUUCUUCGUAAUAGAUCAACCGGGGACCCUCUAUAUCUUAGAGACAGAAAUGGCCAAUAAUAUUAGUAUGGGGCAGGCUGUGCGUAAAGACGCCUGGGGAGCACUAUGGGCUGCUGAUAACCCUCGAUUACUCGCAGUGGCAGAGAAGGCCAGGUUGUAUAUAAUGAGAGAUCUCGAUCCAGAAGAACCUCUUACUAUGAAUGGAUACUUGUGUGCUUUUAAGGACUUAGAAAUUACAACUGCGCUUUUGGACAGUUUGACAGACAAAUGUACUCCUCAAAAUAUAGUGAGAGUUGAAGUGAAGUCACUGAGAGACACACGACAGCUGAUCGAGAAAGUUGGAUUGAAGGAAGCUGAAAAUUUUAUAAAGGAUAACCCUCAUCCUAAAUUGUGGCUUUUAUUAGCAGAAGCAGCCCUCAAAAAUUUCGAAACAGAAUCUGCAUUGGAAACCGCAGAGGCGGCAUUUGUAAGGAGAAACGAUUACGCCGGGAUUCGAUUUGUCUCACGACUUAACGCACUGCACUCGAAUGCACUCAAAAAGGCUGAAAUUUUCGCGUACUUCAAAGAUUUUGACGCCGCUGAAAAAAUAUAUCAUAAUGAAGAUAGACGCGAUUUAGCGAUCGCUUUAAGGAAGCGGCUGGGACAUUGGUUUAGAGUGGUGGAGUUGUUAAAGAUGUCUGUCACGACAACGGAGUCUCAGGUGAAGCAAGCCUACAGUAAUAUAGGGGACUACUACAUUGAUAGGCAGAAUUGGGCAGGUGCAAUAGAAUACUACACAAUGUCAAACAAUACAGAGGGGUUGAAAAAAUGUUACAUGGCGUUAGAGGACAGCGCGGCGCUCGCUAAACUCACUUCGCCUAGAAACCUAAAGGUAGAUGUUACAGGAAAACAAAUAACCUCGGAAGAUAGAGUUGAAAUAAAUCAAAAGCCGUCAAUUACACGGAUAACACAGUUCAAGGAAAGUGGUAAAAUGUUGCAGGGGGCAACUAUGGCCUAUCAGUUGGCGAACCUGGAAGCCUCGAAAAAUAGUUCACCGUGGAGAAUAAAAAAGUUAUAUGUUCUAGCCGGACACAUGUAUAGCCAGGCAUCUAUUGAGGGUUCCAAAAGCCGCGACGCGUUACGUUCGUACAGAGCUGCGCAGGCGCAGCAAUGGGCUUGUUUAGCGAUAUCGCGCGCACGCGCAGUUCCCUUCCGAUCUGAUAUAGCUCUACGUGCGGCUGCCCGACUUGCCGCUGUAUUGGAUGACUUACACGAAGCUCAGCAUUUACAGGCAUGGUGUACUAUCGCAGCGAUAGCUUUACAAGCUAGAGCGUUUGAAUUGUGUUCAAAGGCAUUUAUCAAACUGGAAGCUAUUGAACCUAAAACAUUUGAAAACCUCGCCAUAGAAAUUUUCACAAAAUGCAAGCCAAAAGACGCAAAAGGCAAUAAAAUAGAAUGUACCAAUUGCCAUUUUGCUAUGUUAGAUUGGAUGGUUUCGUGUCCUGGAUGUAACACAGAAUUCCCAGGAUGUGUUGUGACUGGACGGACACUAAUGGCACUUAAUACAGUAUGGACAUGUUUGAAAUGCACCUCCCAAGUACAACAACAUGAACUAAUACUCAGGCAUUCUUGCCCAACUUGCCACUCUCCAUUAACAUAAGAUUAAAAUAAAAUCAGCACAUACA